UAUUUUCCUUGUCACCGAUAUAGAUUUUUAUAUCAAACUCCUGCAUUUAUCGAUGUUUCGACUGUAUCGAUUUCGUAACGUUUUAGUACGUGUUUGUCACUUACUGCAUUGUAAAACGCCACAAAACAAUUAGAAAAAUGAUGAUUUCAGGAACAAAUGAGUGAAAUUGAGCAGGAGAAAAAAUAGUGAAUAAAAAUGAGAUGAACUAAGCCGUUGAUACUACAUAUUUCCGUUCGAUUGGACCCCACCUGUUUGAAAAACUUACAUCCUCACCAAAAGCUAGCAAUCCAACGACGCAAAUUUAACACCUCAUUACAGAUUCCCUCAUAA